GCUGGUGUGUACGAAUGCGUCUGUAGCAAAGCAGCCUGUCAAAGCGUACACAAGUGGGAGAAUGGGUAACUCGAACGGAGUGGCUUUUGCAUGUACAAUACGUACGUGUUCAUACACACGCUUCACUUACCUUGUCGAAGAAACGAAACCACUUGUCUAGCGCGAUCAGCUGUUUUUCUGAAAGACCAUCCGUAACUGGCACACAAUCUGUCUCAGCGAGACUCGUCUUAGCCAAUGCGCGGCUGGAAUCACGGCCUGUAAACACGGCGUAUGGUUUCCCAGGGUUGUAAAGAGGAUUGCCAGAGACGUCGAAGACAAUCCCCUUAACAGCCACGUACGUUGGUGUCGAGGUCACGUUUGCACCGUAAAGACGAAGUUCUUCUGCGCUGAACUCUCUGUUCGUCGUCGACAUGGUCGAACAGUUGAGAGGGAAAGAACGUGGAGUGGGUGGUAGCGUAUUUCUGCUGCUCGCAAGUGAGUGGGAGUGUGUGUGGGAAACGAGAUGAAUUUAUGUGGCGGACACUGCCGCAAGCCUCUUCCAACCAAAACUCAUAGUUUCUGUUCUCAGACCCUGCGAAAGAAGAGCGUGUUGAAAAAAGUCAUAAACCGCUCUGGUUGUUCCACUGUUCGUUCGCUAACACUCCCACAAAAUGACUCACUCCCCGUCCUUUUUUCCAUUUAAGGUUUACCCCGCAGUCACCUGGAAAGCGUCAUCCCCACGCUGACCCGCGGCCUGCGACUGGAGGUGUCGCGUAUUCUCACGCGAGUCGCCAGGUACCUGGAAAUCGCAGUCGGCCACACCCUCAGCCCUCCACGUUGGCAUCGUCUACAAGCUCACGCUCCGACGCGACCGUUUCUAUUGCAAACAUAUGCAAAUCACACACGCACUGUUGCUCGUCGAAUGAAUUCGAUCGCGCGGCUCUCAAACGAAAUUAACAAGGCCCUUCUCACGAUCCCAGUCGAGAAACAUGCAGGCGCCGCUUCCAAAUAUCGCCGUAGUUCACAUGCAGCAGUUGACGAGGACUCUGUAAAUGAAUAUGACCACAAACAAGACCACAUCGACAGUGUCGAAGAGCGCUUGUCAAGUUCUGACCAGCGGCAGCAAACACUUCGACAACGUCAACUUCAAAACGAGGAGCGUCUGAAUGAGGAUGACAAUCGUGAUGGCUCAAAUUUUGUACAACAACCUCGACCAGGACUCGUUCAUCUCGUUUUUUACGGUGUCCGAAUGCUGCUUCGUCGCCUAUGCUCAAUUAUUGUGAGUCUUUGGCGCAGUUUUUUCCAUCUUUUCGUUACGGAUAACAACCGUCUCACUCCUAUGAGCUUAGCUCGAGGUUUAUUACGACUUCUCUUUCUUCCUGCUCUGCGUUCUCGCCGGCCGCGACGAGGACGUCAGCAAUGGCGGAAUGUUCCCCAGUCUUCAGCUCGACACGCCCAUCGCCAACUGAUGCCACUCUUUACUCAUUACAGCGAAGACAUGCUAGCUGCAUCUACCGAUGCCAGCUCAGGCACAUCGACAGCAACAAAUGCUGCCAGUGUCAAUGUCCACAUCAAGAUCAAUGACAGCGCCAGUGCAAGUGCUCGUUUGCAUGAGCGGUUGGCGUCUGUCGCUUCACAGCAGCUCAAAUCGCCAAACACUUCGUCUUCUGUGUCUGCGGCUGCAUUUCCCUCUUUUCUACGUAUCAAGGCAGACUUGCUGCCUCGCACAUUACUGUUGCCAAAACCACCACGGAAAACACUCGUGCUCGACCUCGAUGAAACACUCAUUCACUCCGUCACUCGUGGCUCUCGUACCAGUUCGGGCCACCCCGUUGAAGUUCACAUCCCCGGCCAACAUCCCAUUCUCUACUUCAUUCACAAGCGUCCGCAUCUUGACAAAUUCCUAGCUAAAGUGUCGCAGUGGUACAGACUGGUUUUGUUCACCGCAUCGGUCCAAGCAUAUGCAGACCCAAUUGUCGAUUACUUGGAGCGCGACCACAAGCUGUUUGAUGCACGAUAUUAUCGCCAACAUUGCAAUCUUGUGGACAGCACUUAUGUCAAGGAUAUCAGCAUAUGCCGCACCCAUCUCUCACGCAUAAUGAUAAUCGACAACUCCCCUUUCAGUUACAAGAUGCACCAAGAGAACGCUAUCCCUAUUGAGGGUUGGAUUAGCGAUCCCUCUGACAACGACCUUUUGCACCUUCUGACCUUUCUCCAUGCCAUGCAAUUUGUGCACGACGUCCGCUCGCUAUUGCACCUACGAACCAAGUAAAAACAGCAACAAUAGCGGCGGAAGAUGAAACUUCAACCCACCUACUCAACCUUUAUGCCAUACCUGCCGCUACUAUUACAGCUACUAAACCAGUAGACACCAUCUCGCUCUCUGGCCCUCUCUCUUUCUCCCGAAAUUAGUUUUUGUCCUUUCUGAAACACCCCGUUCUUAACCAUUCCCUUUACGAUCCAUUUCAUUGUCAUUUUCUGCCCAAAAAAAAAACCCAUUUUAGUGCAUUGCACUCCUUGACGCAACCACGCGACGUUAAUGAAACUUGAUACUUUUGACAAGACCAGCCUUGAUACCGCUUUGUUCGCCCAUGUAACCAUGUGUGGGUGCGCCCUUGAAAAUGGCCUUCUUGCUUGCAAGCUUUUUCUUGGCCUUCUCGUAGCGCAUGCGCUUUUUGAGACGAGGAUUGCGGUUGAUUUUGGCACGGAAGGGUGUAAGACCCUUGUUCUUUUCGAUGUCCCGAGUAAUGCCACGCUUCUCACCAUCUUCGACCGAUAACAACUCGGGAUGCCGCAUAGCACGCACAAGGUCGCGCUCUGAAUCGUGCUCGGCCUUCUUGGUCUGUUUGGCUGCCCGUUUGUCUUUAGCGAGAGAGUCGUAAAAUGCGAGUGCAUCUUCAUCCAGAUCGGGACGCUCGGCGUUGAUGGGCAGCUGCUCUUGCUCAGGAUCCACAUCAUCCAAGUCUGCACCGUCCGUUUUGGUUACGACCACGCUCUGCGGCCUCACGCAGCAAACGCUGUUGACGCUCAAAACGACGCUCCUUGAAAGGAAGGUCUGUAUCACCCGUUUGCUCUGCUUGAGCCCGCAAUCUUUUGGCGGCCUUUUGAUCAAUCUGGCUAGCGUAGAAGCGCAGUGUCCGCUUGCGUUGUAUUUUGUCCUCCGCAUCCAAUUCAUCCAAUUCGUCAUUUUCACCAAAGUCAUCGACCACCAAAGCAUUCUUGCGUUUGCCUUUGGCUGCCUUUGCUUGACGGAACUUGGAUUCAAUAGACUCAGACGCAUCAGAAGCGAAUGAAGCAUCAGAUCCGGCCUCUUCUUCUUCGUCAAAAGCGUCCACUUCAACGCCUUCAUCUUCUGCCUCGUCAUCACUUUGAGGUUGCUCAAUUUCGGCUUCCGCAUCAAGCUCUUCUUCUUCGCUCUCCUCCUCUUCCUUAAGACCUUCAAAACGCUUCCAGGUUUCACGACAGCGAACCAAGUCAACCAUGAGGGGAUGACUCUUCACAUCAUCUUCUCCUGAUUUAAGCAAUGCAAAAUAGAAAAUAAGAGAAGCGACGUAUGCACCCAAAGAUGUGCACUGGGCUUCGAGAAGCCGUGACUCGGGAGCAUCGUGUCUUUGCUGCUGCAGCUCAUCCAAACGUGGUCGUAAGGUUUUAAGUUCUUGCGCAAACAGCUCAAAUUCAGGAUGCUUAACUUUGAGAAUACGCUUCAGCUCAGAAACCGGAGUCUCAGGCGAGAUGGAUUGGCCAAGCUGUUCAAUUGCAGCAACACUGUUAUCGUCAAUAGCUGCAGAGUCUUGGGAAGCAGCCUUGUCGUUCCAGCCGCUCAAGUCAUCCAUGGCAUCCUCUUCAGACAAACGCUGCAGACGUUUCUUUUGUAAACGCAAAGCCUCGCGUUCUUCCAUCUUCGUGUCGACUUCCUCAUCUCCGGACGAGAAUUCAUCUGCCUCUGGCUCACCGUCCUCACCGCCAUAGUACGCUUUGCGUGAAUGACCCCAGCCUUGUUGAUCAAACAUUUCCUGUUCGUCUAACGGUUGUUUUUCAUUGUCGCUGCUGUCGUCUGAGAUAACGUCCUCUUCGUCGUCAUCCGACGAAGUCUCCAAACCCAUGACCUCUUCAUCGCUAAAUUCAUGGGCAACAGCACUGCGCGAACCACGGCCAGCAUUGUCAUCGUCGAAAAGAAUCUUGUCCUGUUUCGCGUAAAACUCGUCCUCCGACUCGGCGACGUCGUCGUACGUUUCGAUGGCAUCGACCUUUUGUUUCUCGUCAAUCUCAAAGCUGGGUGCAUCGCGCGACCCAGACUUGCUGGAUCUCGACUUUUUCCUGGCCAUGUUUGGUGUAGGCGUGUGUGUGUGGGAAGAGAAAUUUGCCCUCAAGGCGAGCUGCGACAAAAAUGGUGAAGGUCAAGUUUGGUGGUGGUUAUGUGCCACCACAGUACGCUGUUGCUGAACGCAUGAAGCGAAGUUACUUUCGAAUCUAUGAAGGUAAAAUCUAAGACAGCCAUUCCAAGAAGGAACUGUUACUAUUCGAGUCGCUGACAGCAAUUCUACAAUGCGGGACACACAUCAUCCUCAACUCAAGCUUACUGGGCUGUCUUCUUGGUCAAUUGGAUGAGUUGAAGUGCACGCUCCACUCUUGCUAAAGCAGAGUCACACGUAUGAUCAGUUGGGAGCGGAAGCUCACGUUCGAUCAACUGCUCCAAUUGACCAACAAGUCGGCCAUAAACGGUUGAAUUGGUUACCAACGAUGUCGUAGACUCAGCAAUCCCUUGGUCAUCACAAGCCAUGUCCGUAACUCCCUCACCAGGCUCUGACGCAUUCUGUUGCGGCGUUGCAGCCGGUACUUUUUCCUCCUCCUGUUUCAGUUGUUGCUCUCGCUGCUUCUCCUGUUUUUUUUCUGGCGAAUCACAGAGGACGCAAAACUCUGGUUCGUUGCGAAGUCUCAUCAACGGAGUCUUGGAGCAUGUCGCACACACUGUGUCCAACAGCGUAUAGCCUUUCAGCAUGUAUUGGCCCAGUUGUUUUGACACAAUGUCCCAGUCAGUCAUUUUUGGAGUGUUGGACUUGCCAAGUUGGUUACAGCCUUGGCCGUGGCGAGGAACGCCGAAACAAGCGAACGUUCCUCCAAGGACUGAAUUGCAAGCACUUAAACGAAUUUUGAGACUUUCCAACUUUACAACAAGCACUCACACACAAACACUCCCCUCCUUCAUAGUCCUCUUCAUAAAUGAAUUCACAUUAGACAACUCUAUUCUUUUAAUAAUCGCCAGACAUGAGCUAACGAGGUUGAAACACACCUGUGUCUCGUGCACUCGAAUGUGCUCAAGCUCUCGCCUGACGUUUGACCUGCUCAGCGGCCCACCGAGCAAGAUCCUUGGUUUGUUGUGAUGUGGACUUAGCUUUGCCAAUGCUGAUGAGUUGUUGUACCCAAUCGGCGGCGAAGAACGAUUUAAGCUCACCUUUGGGGAAUGACUCAGCCAAAUCGCCCAACAGACCAAGACCACCGCGCACAAGGCUCUCGCUGCUCUCGUUGUCAGCAGUGAUAGUGCUCAAUAAACCAAACAUUCCAUGGACAUAAGGAUGAAUAGCAUUCACAUGGUGACCUGAGCGAACAGCUUGUGUGAUACCGACGUAGGCCUCAACAAUUCCCAACCGCAAGGCAUCAACAUAAUCGAACAUAUCAAAACCAGCACCGGCAGGAACUUGUACUGCAGAAGCUUGUUGAAGCAGCAACAUUACAGUCUCAAGAUACUUUUCAAAGCCAGUGCCAAUCGCCAAAGCAAUGUCACUGAAGCAUGAAAGAAUAGCAGGCUUGACGUUGCGAUCAAGCACAGUGCUUUGCAAGUCUUGAACCAAACGGCUCAUAAAAUCGUCGCAGUAUGGGGCAAUCUUCUCGUUCAGAGCACGAGCCAGAUCGCCAACAAGACCAACAGCAACAGAACACAAUUGGUACUCCUGUUCGUUACUCAAAGCCUCGCACAAGAAUGGAACGAAAGACUGCGUGUAUACCUCAAAUUGGUCAUCAAGAGCGUUCAUAAGAGCACCUACAGCCAAGAAAACAUCCUCAUGCACAACAGAUUGCUUAGGAGCCAUUUGCAUGGUCUGUAACAACAGGGUCAUAAUAUGAUCAGAAGAAGAACGAAUCUCGAUACCAAAACGACGAAUAAUGCUGGUCAGCGUGUUGCACAAGUUAGACUGCAGUUCCUCAUGAUUAGUGCGAUCUUCAACACCGAGAAGUUGAGAUUGCAUUUGAAGAGCUCCCUCCAGGCGAGCAAGAAUAAUGUUAAGCACAUUAGAGAUCAUGGGAAGUACACCAUUAGAG